AUGGCGAUAUUUAAUAACAAGAGCACACUAUGGAAUACAGGCCAUUCUGAAUUCGACGACAGUGAUUCAGAAGAUGGAACUAGUUCCCAGGAUGCUCGAAAACUAAUAGUCGGUAUCGCAGUUAUACAAGAAACAGUUGACUUUUACGCUAGGAAUUUACAUCGAACACUUCCGUGGCUUUUGCAUAUAAAUAUCUCCAGUAUGCAUAGAUACUUUCAUCAUACCAAUCAAAGCGAUUUAUCCAAACAAAAAAGAUGA